AUGCCUUUGAAGAAUGAUGCUAAAAAUAAGAACGUAAAAACUAAUGUGAACAAUUCUGUGGUUCAAAACAGGAGCAGUGGUCCUACGAAUCACGCAACUGUUGUUGACAGUAAUCCAUCGGGAAACAGAAGCAGAGCAGAAGAAUUGAGAGAGGAGAGGCGGGACAGAAGAAGCAGAAACGCACAGCGUAGCGAUAUCGCCAGCUGCUACAUCGAUGAUGUAGGGAAUGCGAAAAAGGGGAAAGGUGACAAAGAAGUUAUUAUUAACGAAGUGCAGGUGAGUACAACUUCCCUGAGGGAAGACACCUUAAAACGAACCACCCAAGAUUAUACCACGGUACGUGUUAACGACAUUGUUCGUGGUACAAGGAUUCUGGAUGACGAUGAAGACGUGCAGUUAAUCGAGGAAUUUAGCACAUUUCAAACAAGGAACGGAAAGGGAGAACAACAUAGUAUUAUCCCACCCCAGGGUGAAGAUAGUAGAAUCCCCAAGAGAGAAAAAUCAUACCCCAUGAAAGAUCCAAAUAGAGAAAAAGAACACGACAAUUCAGUCGUACAAGAAGAAGUGGAAAUUGUUACCGUUAAGAGGUCAAAGAGGAAACCCAUAAGGAACAAUAAAUACGACAUAUUUAUUCAGGAAGAAAGUACAAGAAAUGUGGACAGAUAUAGCAACAUGGAGGGACCUAACAACAAAAAGAAAAAGGUGCUAAUGCAGAAAAACAUAGUGGAUAAUACGUUCCAACCGAAUUAUUGUGAGGUAAAAACAAGUAGCAUUAUCACCAGGGAGGAAGACAAUCUAGCGACUAACGUAAAUGUGACUUAUUCCAGAAUUGUAGACUCAUUGAGGGGAAAUACAGAUCAUCCUGUCCACAUAAAAUCCGUUCCUAGUUUGACAAAAAAUGAAAAAGUUCCUCAAAAACCAGAGCACUACUACUGCAACGUUUUAGGCAAUGAUGUUUUAACCGAUGCGGCAGAAAAUGCUCCACACAAUUUGUCCAUUCCUCGCGUUGGCAAUUCCACCACGGAUGAUAAUGCCUACCGAUUCAGUGCCCCCACGUCUGCGGUAAACGGCAUUGACGCCAGAGGGUACGAUUUAUCUUCGGUGAAUCAAAAUAUGUGGAAUGAUCCAGAUAGGAAGGGAGAGCAGAGCGCAGAGGAAAUGGUUCCAGAAGGUAGAGCAGUUGACAUGCACAGCUCUGUACGUGGUUUUCAGAGGGGAAGAUCACACAGAGGUAGGGGAAAAGGUAAAUCAGGAUUGGGAAGGGGCAGAGGAAGAGGUAAUUUCAGGGGCAAGAAAAUCGAAUACAUUAAACAACAACCUUAUAGCAUUAACCCUAACGACCUCAUGAGUGAUGCAGAGAGGAUUUUUCCUCACAUAACCGAUCAAGGUGGAAUGACCGUCCUUCCUAUUAGUGAAGAUGCUCACCAGAGCGUUGUAGCCCCCCCCGUUGAGAAGAAAAAAAGAGGAAGAAAAAAGAAAAUACAAAACAGUAAUGCUCAAGAUAGUGUACUGGAUGUAAGCUUGAAUGAAAAUGCGAGGGAAGAUAAAAGUUCAGUGAGUCCACUCCUUCAUUAUAGGAGGACACGCAGGAGAUGUAGUGACGUUCUUUUCGACAUGGGCAACGCACCAGGUGAUGCAGAUAAAAUCAAUUCGCAUAUUCCCCGAAGGGCGUCAUCCAUGUUUCAGGGGAGGGAUUUACCCCAUUUGAGAACCCUCAAGGAUGAUAUAAACAGCAGCGGUGCUUAUAGAAGCUGGACCUCUGCAAGGAGAAGAGUAAAAGACGAGAGGGAUAAGGAAUACUUAUACGGUGGGAAUAGCACUCUCGGUGUGGGUACGUUGGAUGGUACGAAUUCAGGUAAUGUAGUCAGUCGGUCUAGCGGUAGUCAUCACCCAGAUUAUGCAUGUGGACGAAGUGGAAGAAGAAGGAACUGCACUGAGAGGGGAAAACAUAUUACAGGUAGGAAGAAAUCAAGAGGACGCGGAUGCACGUCAGCUAACAUCACCACCAAUGUAGACAGUGACAAAAGUAGCACUUCUAAUGUGCUACUGAAAAGUGAAUGGAACAAAGCUGAUAAUAAUAAAAAAAGUAACAAUCACAGAUGUAGUGAUAGUGAUAGCAAGAGACUCUUCCCAAAUGAAACGUUUCAAAUUAAAGAGGAAUUUAUGAAUAGCGUAAAUAGCCUCAAUACAGUAUUCAAUUUCAACGACGAGUUUUUAAAAUUUCUAAAAAAAAUUAGCCAAGUGGACGACAUUGAUUAUGAUGUUAUGUUGCUCUUCCUGGGGGAGGUGCAAGACAAGCUAGCCAAAGAUAUUAAACAGGAAUUCCCACGUGACGUGUUACAUUCCCACAAUGUGGAUGAAUCUGUCGAAGCGAUGGGGUACUUAGUAGACAUACUAAACAAUAAUAAUGAAAUUUUAAACAAACUGAACCAGCUAGAGUAUAAGUUCUAUUAUGACUACGUGAGGAAGAGGUCCUGUAAAGAAGCAAAUAAGCAAAAAAAUUAUGACCAUAAAGUGGAGAAUGAAAUUGCCCAGAAUAGCGCGCGCAUUCCCACAGAUAUUAAUAAUGAAUGCUGUUCCAAAAUUGAAAGCAAUGAUUUAGGUGAUGACAACAGGGUGAACAACCACUCUAGUAAGAGCCUUAACCAAAUUGAUGACGAGGAAAAGAGGAAACUGAACGAGCUUAUGCAUUGCGCUGACAAGGAAAUGAAUGAUAAUUGUAAGACUCCCACUUGUGGCGAUAUGUCCUUUAUGAAUUACAAGGAGGGAAAUGACUUUCAUCACAUUAAUGAAGGCAACUUGAAUUUAAAAAAUGAUUGUGCGAGUAUUACUCUGCCGAAUUGUAAUUCUGUGGGGGAUAAACCGCACAAUGAAAGAGGUGGAACGGUAGGUGAGAGGGGCGUUCCCUCUCAUCCAACCAGUGGGGUCGCACCACAGGUGACGAAGUGCACUAGGAAGGACAGACAACAUGUAGAGGAGAAAGAAAAACAGGAAGGGGAAGCGAACGCAAAAACAAACAAAUUUGUAAAAGACGCAACGGGAGAAGGACCACCCCAGGUUGCGCCAAAGUGUACGGACAAAACAGACCAUAAUGCAGAAAAAGAAAAAAUGAGCAAAAAAAUAAGCAGAAAAAUAAACGACAUUCACUUUAAGCGUGCUCACAAGCUGAUCAAACGGAACAACUUCGAUUUCGUGUGCGAUGAGUUAAACAAACUUAUAAAACAAACCCUGCAAAAUGAAGACUUGUUCUACUCAAAUUAUUCCGACGGGAGAUAUAGAAAUGUAAAUGAAGAAAGCUUGUUUAAGCAUUACAUAUCGACGAAAUUGUAUGAGACCUCCAACUUGGUUGACACGUAUAACGAGGAGCAGAAGGAAAGUAACCUUCCUACCCAGAGGGCAUUUAGAGGCAGGAAGUUGGGGGACAAUAAAGGUAUCAGCAGAAAAGUCGACGAGCGGGAAAAAACGCUGAUGCAAAGUUAUGCUGAUUAUUUUAGACGACUGAACGAUGUGUCCAGCAGGGAGCGCAUUGGGGAAAGCGGAAAAAGUGGUCCUGCACAACUGGGCCAUUCCACUAAUGAUCAGUUAGAUGCGCAUUCCAACUCUACUGGCGUAAUGUUAUCGCAUGCAGAUGAUAACACGGAAAAAAAAGAACAGAACAACCGUUUAAAUAGUGAAGAACAGAUGCAUGAUGGACAGAAGGGCACAGAUCCGCAGAGUGGAAGUAUCCAGAAAGAGGAAGCACAAAAGGACGAACAUGGAAAAAAAAAAUUCUGGUUUGCGAAGAUUAUUCCGUUUUUUAAGAAAAACGCAAAUGCGAAUGGAUCGGUUGACAAUAAUAAUCCCGACGAUGUUGACGGCGCUGUGAAGAAGGAAACCAACGCGAAGUUUGAGACCCACCCCAGCGGCAGUGUUGAGGCCACCGGGAAAGGCCUAGGAGAUGGUAAAUCCAAAAUUGACGGAGAAAAGGCUAACGCCUCUAUCAAAACACACGAUGAGGGAACCAAAGUUAGCGCCCUCUUCAAAGGCAAUAGGAACUCUUUAGACAUUUCUAAUCGGAGCGAAAAAGACAUGGGGGGAAAAAGCGCGACGGAUCUGUCACUACGCCACUAUGGUAGCGGUAUUACAGAAUACGGAACCUUACCCAAAACGUGUGCCCACGCUUUCAGUCAUACGAAUGAAACGAGCGAAAAGAACAUCGACACUCUGCUGAAGGAGACAUUCCAUUUAAAGGACAACGAAUUUAUGAGCAUAAAAGGGGACAGAACGCAACAGGAAAUUUUAAACUGCCUGAGAAUGGUGUCCCAAAUUAAGAAAAUAUUUUUUGACGAAUGCUCAAAAAUGAUUAAUGACCAGAUUUAUGUUCUUGAGAAAAAUUUUAGGAUACCUGGCUGCUCCUUGUCGAUACUGAAAGAUUCGUUUGGCUAUAAUGAUGGCGAGUGA